CUUUAUUUUUGUGGAAGAUCACGAUAAGUAACUUGUGAAUCAAUGACUGAUUACAACCCCCCGACUGGAAUACCAACAGGCGCUGGAACCCUGACACCUUCAAUUGUUACGGCCGUGUGGUCUAGUGGUAUGAUACUCGCUUUGGGUGUGAGUGGCCCAGGGUUCAAUUCCCUGCUCGGCCCGUUUCAUUUUUACUCAUGGCCCCAGCUUCUGGCCUACUUCACUCGAUUUGGCACUUCUCCUUUAAUUUAGAUUUUUCUCAUGGCGCUCACACCUCUUGUACUUAAAGGCUUCAAUCUCCCAUAGAGUAAUCACUCUGGGCUUUGCUUGACAGGAAACCAGUCUAACUCUGGGUUAACA